AGGACCAAGGCAUCAGUCUGAACCAUUUGUUAUAGCUGAAGUGUGUGUGGACAGGGCAUUAUAAACAAUAUGGCGACGUUGUUUGCUUCUUCCCUUACAUUUAAAGCCUAUCGCAAACCAGCCGCCGAUUUCGACUGGACAAAACGGUAUUCCAAGAAACUACGAAAGACAGUUGCAGAAAUGAAAACACCAGAAAACACGAUUGACAAACCUAUAUUUUUGGUACUGGGACCAGCUUCAGCAGGAAAAUCUGCUUUUCUAAGUUCAGUGGCUAGUGUUAGUAAGAAACAAAUAGCGAGUCCUACACUAACAUCCGGGGGUGCAACCAGCCAGAUAACAACAGUGUACAGAAGAUAUAAACCAGUGUCUGGUGAUUUGCAAAACUUCAUACUAUCAGACGUCAUGGGCAUUUCAUCGGCAGAAGACACAGAAAUCCUCAUAGAUGAUAUCAAACUCUUAGUAAAUGGUCAUAUAGAUGAAGGAUAUGAG